CCGGAGCAGUCGGGCGGAGGGAGGAGAGGCUGCGCCCGUAGCGCAGGGGCUAGAGCAGCCGUCCUACUGCCCCUCCCCUCCCGGCACCGGCCGUCACCAUCGCCCCUGGAGACAGACACAGCUGAGCUGCUGCCAGGAGCCGGCCCGGGAGAGGGGCAGAGAGCGGCGGCUGCCGGCGGGUCUGGCCACAACGUGGCUGCGCGCUCCCUGCUGCCCGUCGGCAGCCCCCAGCCCCGGCGGGCACCGCGAUGCUGCUGGAGGGCUGAGGCGGUGGCGGCUGCUCCAGACCCGGGCCGGCCGGCAGGGACGAGCUCCUGGGGCGGCUGCUUCUCCAGCCCCCGGGACAUGCUGCUGCUGGGACGGGAGCCGAGGAGAGCAGGGCAAGUCACCGCCCCGGCAGGCGCAGAGAAGAGGCGGCCGCGGCGCCCCCGGCCCAUCCUGGGCCAUUGGGGCUUUGCAGAAUCCGAGUGCAGGUGGAGCCGCGCCCGCCCGGGCAGCGGAAGGAGCUUCCAAUCCCCCCCGGCCUCGCUGAAGACUUUUGCAGGAUGCCCACGGAGGAGUUGUUCCUUAGUGUUUAGUUCACCAUCUUUAUAGCAACUGGAUACUCAGCUUGCCAACAUCCAAGAAGUACCCACACGCCUGCAUCUCCUGGGAUCAUUCUGUUGCAUUGGGACUGCUGAGCUGAAUACAUUUCUUGUUCAUUAGCGGUGGCGUUAAUUAAACGCGCUGCUUCUCCCCCUUCUGGAGCUUGGGGUCGCCUUUAUCUAUCGUUCCCAUUUCCCCCAGACAUCAAAGCAGUGAUGGGUUGUUUCUGUGCUGUCCCCGAGGAAUUUUAUUGUGAGGUUUUGCUUCUGGAUGAAUCCAAGUUGACUCUAACCACCCAACAGCAGGGGAUAAAGAAAUCAACGAAAGGGUCGGUUGUCCUGGGCUACGUAUUCCGUCACUUAAACCUCGUGGAGAUAGAUUACUUUGGUCUGCGUUACUGUGACAGAAGUCAUCAGACGUACUGGCUGGAUCCUGCAAAGACCCUUGCAGAACAUAAGGAAUUGAUAAACACUGGGCCACCAUAUACUCUAUAUUUUGGUGUUAAAUUCUAUGCAGAAGAUCCAUGCAAACUUAAGGAAGAAAUAACCAGGUAUCAAUUUUUUUUGCAGGUGAAGCAAGAUGUUUUGCAAGGUCGUAUGCCCUGUCCCAUUAACAUUGCAGCUCAGCUGGGAGCAUAUGCAAUUCAGUCUGAGCUGGGAGACUAUGACCCAUAUAAGCACACUGCAGGUUAUGUGUCAGAAUACCGAUUUGUUCCAGACCAGAAGGAAGAACUGGAAGAUGCAAUAGAACGGAUACACAAAACUCUGAUGGGUCAGGUUCCUGCUGAGGCAGAGCUGAAUUACUUAGGAGUGGCCAAAUCACUGGAAAUGUAUGGAGUAGAUCUCCAUCCUGUCUAUGGUGAAAACAAGUCUGAAUAUUUUUUAGGAUUAACACCUGUAGGAGUUGUUGUUUACAAGAAUAAAAAACAAGUAGGGAAGUAUUUCUGGCCUAGAAUUACAAAGGUUCACUUCAAGGAAAUGCAGUUUGAACUUAGAGUGCUGGGAAAAGAUUGCAAUGAAACAUCCUUCUUUUUUGAAGCACGUAACAAAACCACAUGCAAACAUCUUUGGAAAUGCUGUGUAGAACACCAUAUGUUCUUCAGAAUGCCAGAAAAUGAGUCAAACUCUCUGUCAAGAAAAUUCAGCAAGUUUGGAUCUGUAGGCUAUAAACAUCGGUACAGUGGCAGGACAGCUUUGCAGAUGAGCAGAGAACCUUCUGUCCAGCUUCCUCGGCCUGACCAAAAUGUUGAAAGAAGUCGUAGUAAGACUUAUCCAAAAAGAAUGGCACAAAUGCAACAGACUGGAUCCAAAAGCAUAAAUCAGGUUACAUCAAAUAUGGAAAAUGGGGAAAAAGAAGGAACCACUAAAAUUAUUGCACCUUCCCCAGUAAAAAGCUUUAAAAAGGCAAAAAGUGAAAAUAGUCCAGAAACCCAAAGAAGUAAAAUAAGUGCACCAUGGGAGGAAAAUGGCCCCCAGAGUGGACUGUAUAAUUCUCCCAGUGACCGCAAUAAAUCACCAAAGUUUCCUUACUCUCGACGACGGAACCCAUCAGGUGGCAGUGAAAAUGAAUCUGGGCAACAAGUUAGAAGAAGAAAAGCCCAGAACAGUGGUGAAGAUUCAGAUCUAAAGCAAAGGAGAAGGUCACGAUCUCGUUGUAAUACCAGCAGUGGUAGUGAGUCUGAAAAUUCUAACCGGGAGCAUCGGAAGAAGAGAAACAGGUUACGGCAGGAGAAUGACAUGGUGGAUUCAGCUCCUCAGUGGGAAGCAGUACUGAGGCAACAAAAAGAGAAAAACCAGGCUGAUCCCAACUACAGGCGAUCCAGGCACAGAUCUCGAUCGAGAAGCCCAGAUGUACAAGCAAAGGAAGAGUUAUGGAAACAUAUUCAGAAGGAACUUGUGGAUCCAUCUGGACUGUCUGAGGAGCAGCUGAAAGAGAUUCCGUACACCAAAAUAGAGACUCAAGGUGACCCAAUCCGCAUUAGACAUUCACAUUCCCCCCGAAGCUACCGGCAGUACCGACGGUCCCAGUGUUCUGAUGGCGAGAGAUCUGUUCUAUCUGAAGUGAAUGCAAAAACGGACCUUGUGCCUCCAUUGCCUGUGACUCGUUCCUCAGAUGGUCAGGGUCCCAGCAUUCCAGCUUCACAACAGAGGCGAAAUGGGUCCAAAGAUAGCCUGAUAGAAGAAAAAUCUCAGAUAUCCACUAACAGCCUGGAUGGAAAACACAGUGCAAAGACAAUAAAAACUGUACAUGCAUCACGCCUCAAGAUAGAGACUUGAUUGCCAUAACUGAGGAUGGUGUAUGGAUUCUGUUCCUUUGAAAUUGGGAAUUACACAACAGUUCAGAUACUCUUUAGCUGGAAAAUGUUUCUUUGGCAUAAGAAAAGAAGAAAAAUGUAAACUGGAGUGGUGGUAAUUUUCUUAAAUUUAAAACUCCAACCUGCUUGCUCUGAAGGGCAAUCACUGUUUUCAUCACUGGUUACAGUUGCUUACGUGAUUGCAAAGAAGUUGACUGGUUAGACAGUUGGAAGGGAAAGUGUUACUACAAUUCAACAAUUGCCAGAUACUGUAUUUUCCAAAGAGGAUCAGAGGAAUUGUCAUGACAGAUCAGACCUUGGUCUAAUUCAUUCAGUUGGCUGUUUCCAAGAGGCCAAGACCGGAUGCUUCGGAGGAAGCGGUAAAACCCUCAUAAUACACUUGGCCAAUUGUGCAAUACUAUAUAAUAGUGAGGAAAUGUCUUCCUGACUCCAUAUGAUGAUCAGCUUAUACUCUGAAGCAUAAUAGCUCUUAUGUUUAUUUUAGCCUAAUGCAACUGCAAACACUGUUCUUGUUCAUACAAAUGUUGAAUCCAUGUUUAGAUAAUUGCCACAAUCGUAUCUUAUGGCAUUGAGUGUCAUGUAAAAAUGGAUUUCCUUUCACUAAUUUUAAAUGUGUUGCCUUUUAAUUUUAAAUAUCUUUUUGUAUUGUGACAGUACUUGAUUAGCCUUCUCUGUACUACUGAUUAUUUUAUAUACCCCUACCACAUCUCUUAAUUUUGUCCAUUGAAAACUACAGUGAAAAAUGUCUUGAAUGGCCCAGGGGCCAGUGUAAUAAGACUAACUAGUACACACAGACUAUAAAUGCUGGCUGGACAAAAUUGUACUAUAAACCUUGGAAACACUUCAAAGUGGCUCCUAAGAUGGGUUGGCUAACAGUUGGUUCUUUGGUGCAGGCUUCAUUGAUCUAGUCUUUUUAAGCUCUUCUCAUAUGAAAUCCCCCAAUAAUUCUAAUAAUUUGUAGUGUCCUUCUCUGGACCGUUUCUUCUGCUCACUCAUUUCUGAGAUAAGAUGACCAAAACUGAAUGCAAUAUGCAAAGUGAAGACAGUAUCAUUGAAUUAUCUAGUGGCAUCUUUUACUCUAUAUUCACUUUGUAAAACAGUGUAACAUCUUACUUGCUUUUUUGACUGCUGUUACAUGUUAAGUAUAUUAUCUUCAAUGAGCUGUUCGCACUGAUGCCUGGAUCUUCUGCUAAGAGGUUAUGUCUAAUUUAGAACCCAUCAUUGCUUCUUUGAAUGUGCUUUACCUUGCACUUGUCAACACUGAAUUUCAUCUACUAUUGUGCUAACCAGUUUCCUGUGUCAGCUAGACUGGUAUGGAGUCAAGCAAAAUCCUUCCCAGGCCUGUAAGUAAUUUUGUACUGAGUAUAUAUUUGCUACCCCACUAACAACAGUCUGGCAGAAGUUGACUAACCAUACUGUACACUACUUGUUCUACUACUGUUUGCUCAGAGUCUACUCUUCCAUACUGAUAGAUGGCUAUUUUAGCCCUACUUUUCUAUGCUAUUGUUUAAAUCAGUUUUUAAUCUAUAACAGGCAUUUACCUCUUAUCCUUGCACUUACCAAGUUUCCUCAAGCACCUCUUGAGAGGGACUUCAUCAGAAGGCUUGGGAAAGACUAAUUUGUCAAGAGACAAGGUGGAUGAAGUAAUAUCUUUUACUGGACUAACUUCUGUGGGUGAAAGAGACAAGCUUUUGAGGUACACAGACUCCCAUAGUAUGUCCUCUCCAUUCACCAAGAGGAGAGUGAGUGAUGCAUCAUGGGAAAUAUAUUCCAGCCAGAAAGCCUGCCCCAGAGGACAAUGGGAGUACAAGACACCUAAACUACAAUUCCUGCUGCAAUGCAUUGUGGCAUCAGUUUGAAUUAGAAAUGUUAUCAUCUUUCAGCAAAAUAUUUUGGCCCAAAGUGGAAACUUUCAGGGCCAGGGGGGAAGGGAGGAGAAGAUUCUCUUUUCUGACCAGAUUUAAUAUUUGUAGAUUCUUCAUUCUUAGUUCCUUUAGAAUGAUGAAUGCCAUCUAGUACAGUAUUGUUUGUAUUGUGGUCAUCCUAAUGAGAAUCAGACUCACACUGUGGUAGGAACUAAAUCCCUACCUCCAUAGAAUUUCAGUCAAAUCUGCUACUAAUUUUUUCCCCAGUAUUUCUAUUUUUGACAUUGCUUCACCUUCACUACCCGUGUGCAGUAAUCCUGGGAUAAAUAUUACCAGUGCCCAGUAUUUUUUUGCAAGUGCGAAAUAACAAAAAACAAAACAAAACAAAACAAAACAAAAAAAA